AGGGGAGGGGAACAUCGGAAUAAACGCUUUAUAUAGACCACGUCUACGCAGACCGAAACAGUUUCACUCGUGAAGUAAACAAAAACAGUUCGAAGAGGACAAUUUAUUUAUUUCUCAAGGCUAUUAGCCCCUACUAUGGAUACGUUAAAUAUAAAACCGUUAAGUCAGGAUUUAGAGUGGUCUCUGGGCGCGCCGGCCGGCGUUGGGGCCACUCGGGAGAUGGACCGGGUCCAUGCUCCCACUGACGUUGCAUCCACCUCCAGCGAGGAGAGAGCUAUUCGCCGCGUCACUGGCCGCUGGGGUGCCGAGUGGUUGAGCUGACUCGGCUCCAGCCUCCUCAAACCUGCCGCGCCCCAGUGGCCGGCCGAUCACCCCCUUCCGCCACCGCGGUGGGGGGCGCCGCGCCCUGCUUUGCACCUGUCCUUACAGCAAUACGAGGAUCUGGUCGCGAAAGCUGAGGCGAUAUUAAGCCGAAUUGUCGUCGCGGAAAACUAUGACUCCGUUAGCAACUUUGUAAAUCUCUAUGAUGCUUAUAUGGCAUCUCCCGAUGAAAGCCUGACUGAGUUCUUUCCAAAGUAUAAUCCACCGAUUCGCGCCCACAAAUACACCUGUGUGGGCUUAGGUAUGGAAGUCAUGAAGCGCUUAAAGGUCCUAGAGAAAGAUUUUCCUGGUAUUACGAAGUCAAUGAUGCUCGUGUCGUGCGAUGAAAAUAUUGAAGACCUUAUUGACUACACGACGUCUUUUCCUGGACCUCAAGGGUUUUUGAUUGAAACGGAGAAGGACCACGUACUUGUAGGUUUUCAUGUGAGGGUUGCAGGAAGGCCGGGUGUCUUCUUAUCUGAUCUGGGAUAUCACAUCUCUCGCGUCGUGACAGUAAUGGCGGAUCGUUGUUAUCCACAUACAGGCUGGUUCACCCAGUCCGACGAGCCCCACUGUCGCAAGGAAUACAGCUAUCAGUUCAACGUCCACAAUCCCAGCUACGUGGAAUGGCACGAAAGGGAGACCCGAGGAGAUAAAGUGAAGGAACGUCUUUCUCUCGUGUAUGUAACAAAGGCGUAUUUAAGCGCUGUUGCUGUUACCGAGAAGCGAAAUUUAGUAUGGGAUUUAAGGAGUCUUUUGGCCCGUGACCCUAAAGGACACUUGACCGCCGGUAUCUACUUCCCUCUCAAGAAGAAAGAUCAGCAGUUCACCAUGUUCUUUGACGGCGUCAAUGGCAAACAGAGGAAGAAACUGAAAUUUGAUUCAUUCUUGGAAUUGCAAAAGAUUCCUGAUGAAGUUGUUGAUGAAGUAGAGCAAUGUAACGAUCAACUUCGUUUAAGAGAUGGCGAACUGUUGUCCGUUCUAAAGCGCUUAGCCACCAUCAUGACUGAUGAGGAAUAUAUGACCGAGCUGCUUGGAAUCAACGACAAGAUCGUCCAACUUUCUGCGGGCACAUAAACAUUUUAUAUCUAAUUUGAAAGUUCCUUAUAUGAAUAAAGAGUUUUAACGGA